CUCAUUCUGUAUCGACUACCAUCUCCAUCUUUUAUCUCAAGAAACCGACAAUAUGCGUGCUUCCAUAGCCACUAUUGCCACUCUCACCAGCCAGAUUGUGCACGCACAAUCCGGAAUGAACAUGUUCCCUGGUAGCAUGGUCUCUGGUAGCAUGUUGACAUGCCAAAGUGGUUACGUGCCUUCUCUGACCUGCGAAAACCCAGUUCCAGAGACUUGCGCUUGCACUUGUAGUGACGGAAUGACAUUCAACCAGUCCCGCCCUCCCGUCGUGGAUCCUGCGCCUCCACCGGUAGAGCCACCACAUCAGCUUGUUGAAAAACCCUGCACUACUGAAAUCAUCCAACCAUGGAGGGAAAUCACACUACCUCAUGUCAAAAACUCGUAUGAACCCUCUGAAAUGUUUGAGCACGAGGUCGAAGUAGCUGAGGGAAGCGUGUUCGUGGUAGCUGAUUCAGUUGGGAGGUGUCAACACUUUGAGGUGUUUGUGGAUGGUGUAUCUGUUGGAGAGACAGAUGGGACGGGGGAGCUUGACGGUUUUCAUUGCGGAACGCCGGAAAAUUGCAUGGAAAACCAUGGGGGUAGCAAGGGGUAUUUUACGCUUCCUGGAGGAAAACAUACUAUCGGUCUCAAGUGGAUCAGGAUUUCGGAUAAAUGCAAACACAUUAAAGAAGGAUACGGCUCAUACCAGAUCUACAAGCCAUGCUGAUUGGCAUUACUUAGGCUGUGUGUAAUUGCCAGAAUGCUGAUAUUCUUUAGUAGCCAAGCCACUGGGGCUCAUCGGCUGUACAGACAGCGUCACAAACGGUGAUUGCACGUACGUAGGCUACGCAUUCAUUGAUAAUCUGGAGCCUUAGCAAACAACCCGAAAUAGGACUAUUUAGUAAUACUAUGCUUUGCGAUUUAGUCUAUCAGUGCAGCCGGUGUGAGACGAAUAUAGAAAAAUGCCACGAAACAAAUUACUGGAUGCA